ACACACACACACACACACAAACACACGCACACACACACACACGGCAAGAGAGCCAGAGCCUGAGCGGAAACCCCUCCCGAAUCCCCAACUCCGGCAACCGAGCAAAGCUAAAGAAAAGAGGACUACCAAGGAUUCAGGAAACACGGAGAAAUACUCGAAGAGACAAUAAACAAUCAUAAGAAACUUUGUUCGUCUGAUAUAUGAGCCCAGAUGCCCUCCUGGACAGGAUAUUACACAGGAACCAUGCAAACGUGAGCUCCCGCCACCACCAGUUCCCCCCCCCCACCGUCACGGCGGCUAGUUUGUGCGACACUGCCCCCCCCCUGCGUGCCUGUGAGAAGACGAUGGGGUUUGGCCGGGACCUGUGCGACUCCCACGAGGGCCUGCUGAAGCUGCAGGACUGGGAGCUGAAGCUUCUGGAGAGCGUGAAGCGCUUCAUGACCCUGCGGGUGAAGAGCGACAAGGAGUACGCCUCGCUACUGCUCAACAUCAGCCAGCAGGUGGAGAAACACGACAACUCCUCCCAGGUGGACUACAUCAGCAACGUCUCCAAGUCAUGGGCCCACAUGGUCCAGCAGACAGAGCUGCUCAGCAAGAUUAUGAAGUCCCACGCCGAGGAGCUGAACUCCGGCCCGCUGCACCGCCUCACCAUGAUGAUCAAGGACAAGCAGCAGGUGAAGAAGAGCUACCAGGGCAUCCACCACCAGAUAGAGUCGGACCUGAACAAGGUGACGAAGAGCGACCUGGAGAAGCUGAAAGGCACGUACAGACAGCUGACCAAGGACGCCCACAGCGCCAAAGAGAAGUACAAGGAAGCCAUGGUCAAAGGCAAGGAGCCAGAGAAGGCCAGGGAGCGCUACGACAAGGCCACCAUGAAGCUCCACAACCUGCACAACCAGUACGUGCUGGCGGUGCGGAGCGCCCAGCUGCACCAGGCGCACUACCACGACACGGCGCUGCCUCUGCUGCUGGACUCCCUGCAGAAGAUGCAGGAAGAGAUGAUCAGCGCCCUGAAGGGGAUCCUGGAGGAGUACUGUGAGAUCACCAGCCUGUUGACAGACGAGAUCGUGAAGGUUCACAAGGAGAUCCACACCUCCAUCGACCAGAUCGACCCCGUGUCCGAAUACGAGCACUUCAUCGAGAUCUACAAGUCUCCAGAAACCACCAAAGAGCCCAACGUAGAGUUUGACGUUUCCCUGCUGGAGGAAACAGAGAAUCUUCAACCCAACGAGAUCUUGUGGAACAAUCUGACUGCAGACAGUUUACAAGCCAUGCUAAAGUGCACCUCAGAGGAGCUGGCUCAGACCCAGCAAAGCCUGCGCAUCAAGGAGGAACUCAUGCAGGACUUGGAGAACAAGAUCCAGGAGUCAUCCCAGACCUGUGAACGCAAAUCUGAGUAUGUCGUCAGCACAGAGACGCACUCCGAGAACCGCUACACUUGUUGUCGGUGUUCUAGAUGUCAAAACAAUAUCCUUAAGCUUGGCAAGGGCAACUUCGGCGAGGUGUUCAAAGGAACGUUGCGAGACAAGACGCCCGUGGCCGUGAAGACCUGCAAGGAAGACCUCCCCCAGGAGCUGAAGAUCAAGUUCCUGUCUGAGGCCAGGAUUUUAAAACAGUACGACCACCCCAACAUAGUGAAGCUGAUAGGCGUGUGCACGCAGCGGCAGCCCAUCUACAUCGUCAUGGAGCUCGUGCCAGGAGGGGACUUCCUGUCGUUCCUGAGGAAGAAGAAGGACGACCUGAAGACCAAGCAGCUGGUGAAGUUUGCUCUGGAUGCUGCUGCAGGGAUGGCCUACCUGGAAGCCAAGAACUGUAUCCACAGGGACCUGGCUGCCAGGAACUGCCUGGUGGGAGAGAGCAACCUGCUGAAGAUCAGUGACUUUGGGAUGUCCAGGCAGGAGGAUGAUGGGAUAUACUCCUCCUCGGGUCUCAAACAGAUCCCCAUCAAAUGGACCGCUCCCGAGGCCCUCAACUAUGGGAGAUACAGUUCAGAAAGCGACGUCUGGAGCUACGGAAUAUUGCUGUGGGAGACCUUUAGCCUGGGGGUGUGUCCUUACCCCGGAAUGACCAAUCAGCAGGCCCGGGAGCAGGUGGAGAAAGGCUACAGGAUGUCCUGUCCACAGAAAUGUCCAGAGGAGGUUUACAAGGCCAUGCAGAAGUGCUGGGAGUACAAGCCCGAGAACAGGCCCAAGUUCUCUGACCUCCAGAAGGACCUGGCCGCAGUCAAAAAGAAAUAAGCCCCCAACGUCAAGCCCUCCCUGGGCAGAGCACGGGGACCUGCUCCCCUGCUGCUGUCCCCAGGACCCCCCCACUUACCCACCCCCCCAGACAGAUCCCCCCAGACAGACACCCAGAGAGAGAUGCCCAACAUCAAAGCCUUGAUGCUACUAGUCAUGAUUGUACAGUGCCGUGUGCGUCAAAACAUUUUCUCACACAAAAUAAAUCACUGUUGUUUUUUUGCGUGUUUUUUGCCUAUGCAACUGUAUUGAGCCAUUACCAUGGAGAUCGAUGUCUCUGCUUUAGCUUUGUUACUAUAGUUACAGUAUUCCAUUGACCAAAACUCACCCCUCUCCCCAUCGCGGGGGGUUCUUUUACAUUAUUAUCAUGGGCUGGUGGCUGACAUCAGAGGGAGUGUCUUCAGCCAAUUAGAAGCCCAGGAAUUAAUCUAGCGACAGUGAGCGCCUUUUCUGUCAAAAGCCAUUUGAUUUCUUUCACUCAGGCAUUGUCACGACAACGACACACACACCCUUCCCUGAGAGCAAGGAUAUGCUAAUUAUGUGUGUCAGUCAUGUGACCGUUCGCUGGCCUUUAGGGUCAUUUUGGACCCUACAGUAUAUCUUUUUUAAAUAUAAUUUUAGAUUGAAUUUCAAUUUUAUUCCAUACAUUAAUUCAAUGUCUCCAUCUCUAUAUGUGUUACUGGCUUUAAGUUAAGUGAAAUCUGUAAGGGCAGGUGCAAUUCAUGUCACCUUUUUAUGUAAAUUUCUUAUUUGAAACGUGAAAGACAUUCCAAUAAGGCCGCCUUAAUUAUAAUUUACCACGAAACAAAUAAUUCAGUUACGCCCUUUGUUUUUACAGGAAAGUUACAAAUGUUCAUUUAGUAAUCAAUAUUAUUUUACCUUAUGAAUCCUUUUUAUUCUCAAGUGUUCGGUGUGCUGCCUGUUAAGUUACGUUCUGGUCUGUGACUUCAGUAAAGGUCAUAAUGUAUCACACCUGUAGUAUCAAUCAUGUAUCAUUUACAUGAAAUGUAAAUUCCACGUGUUGGUCAUCAACAUUGUUCUGUUGCAUGCCCUUGACUGACUGUUUUCCAGUUUUUAAAACUGACCUUUUUUUUUCUCUCAACUUCCUUCUGGUUUGUUUUACUUAACCUUUUUUUUCUACAUCCGGUUGAUCAUUGUCAUGAAGCUGUUAGUAUGCACUGUCGCAUUCACUAUAAACACAGAACAAGGAGACUCUUUCUUCAACAUAGCGUGAGACUCCUCCAUCUUGCCCUGAACUUGUUUCCAUUUAGACAUCCUAGAUGGUUCAGGUAGAACUUUACCCAGGCAAGAUGGCCACCUGCUGGUGUCAGUCCUGUCACACCAGCUCCUCUGCUAUGUCUUGUGCCCAUCUCUGUGCCCUGUCACUCCAUGGGAGGUGCAGCCUAUUCUCUGUGUUACCAGCCUCCUUCUGCCAUGUGUGCUGCCAGCCCAAACGUGUCUUUGAUAUGCAUCUUCUGUGAAACACCACAACGCACCAUCAAACACUUAGUACUUGUAUGACAAUGUUGGAUUGAUCCUGUUUUCAAAUAUUACCACACAAUGUUUCCCCUCCUGUAUUUUGUACAUAACUUGUAGAUGUUAUAUUUGUUUUUGUCUUUUUUCUACUCUUUUGUUUUUCAAACACUAAUCUGAUGAAAAUGCAACCAUGCAAAAAAAAAGCGGAUCACAUUUUCUCUGCACCUCCAAUGGGAAAGCUUCUUCCGAGUGAUGUCUACGAUAAAUAUAACAUGGUCUGUUUCGAGUCUGUAUCUGCAUGAUUGUUUGUACAUUUUCUUAGUUUAUGUAUAAAAGAUUCUGAAUAUCUUCCUCUACCCUGCCUUUAUCAUCUGCCUCAUUUCACAAUGUCAUACUGCCAUGACCUCAUUGUGUAAAAACAAGCAACUGCCAUUCAAUGAUGUCAUGGUCAUAGAACCCCCUGAUUGGCAAUUUAGCAUUCCAGACGUGUACCAGACAGUUGUUCAUGUUGUGGUUCUGAACACCAACUGUCAGUUUCUCUUGUAGCAUCGUUCAUUCUUUGAUACAACAGGUGUCCAGUCGUCCAGAAAGGUGCUCUUUUUGUAGAACUGCUGGUAGACUGAAUUCAAAUAGGAUAUUCUUAUUUAAACUGCAAAUAAAAACCAAAAGUUCAGUAACCGUUAUUUAUUUGAGAAACUAAACUUUUUUUUUUUUCCUAAGAGUUAUUCGUGUUUUUGUAUUGUUUUCAGUUUGAUCUCAUCUAAUGUUGGAUUGAAACAUUUGCCAGUGUUUUGGGAGUUGUUUCCAUUUGCCAACACUCAUGUUGAGACAGUUCAGCACUGUUAGUAUUUCCACCAUGACUGGAUGAUACCAGACAGCAGUUAAUACGCCAAGACUCCUUAUUGCCAGUCAGUUCAUCAGUGAACACGUAACUAGACAGACUUAAGGGUCUGUCUAGUUGCACAAACCUUCUGGUGAACUUCACAGCAUCCAAGCCAAUCCAUUUCCUUCUUUUCCUAAAACAUUUCCGGACUUCUGAAGACAUUUGCUCAGUCCUGAACUUAAAGAGCUGAGGUAUUGAUUGCUUAAGUAUAAAGACCCUCUAUUUCGACUGCACGUUUGGUCAUGAUGAUACUCUUACCAGUUGGUUUUACAAUGAACAAAGGUCAUGUAGCUUGUGAACAGUGCACUGGAGGGACAUUUAGUAUUCCAGUAUUUGAAUUUGUGGUUGUAUCAGUUUGACUGUGGUUGAUUCAUUGCUCUGUUUCAUUUCACAUCCAUAUCCUCACGAUGAGUGAGUUUGUCCCUUUAGAUGUCCAAACCUCAUGUUUAUACUGUGUACACGCAAUAAAAACUUUUAUUGUUUG